CCCGCCAGCUCCUCGGACAGCGACGUGCCCGAGAACGACCCCAUGGGAGGCAGUGAUGGAGGUGAGGAUGAGGAGGAUGCUGCCAUGGCCGCCGCGGCCGCCCAGAAGAUGGAGAGCGACGAGGACUCGGAGCGAGGCAGCGACCACAGCGGGCCCAAGAGGAAACCCCUGCCCAUGAAAAUGCCAGUGACAAAAAGGCCUCGGAAGUCCUCCAGUGACCUGGAUCAGGGCAGCCCCUCCCUGACAGAAGAGGAGAACUCCGAAACGUCUUCUGAGUCAGAAAAAACCAGCGACCAGGACUUCACUCCCGAGAAGAAGCCGGUGGCCAGGGCUCCCCGGAGGAUGCCAGCAGCAGGGAGGAAGAAGAAGAAAGUGGACUCUGGCUCUGACUCAGACUCCAAAGUGGACUCGGAUUCAGAAAUGGGGAACACGGCCGUGGACAUGACCAAGUCAGACUCCAACUCAGACUCAGACUCGGAGGUGUCUGUGAAGAAGGCCCCGAGGGGCAGGAAGCCAGCUGAGAAACCCCCUCCCAAGCCCCGCGGCAGGAAGCCAAAGCCCGAGCGUGUCCCGACCAGCUCCAGCAGCGACAGCGACAGCUCCAGCGAUGUGGACCGCAUCAGCGAGUGGAAGAGGCGAGACGAGGAGCGGCGGCGGGAGCUGGAGGAGAAGAGGAAGAGGGAGCAGGAGGAGGAGAUCCGUCGGCUCCGGGAGCAGGAGAAGGAGGAGAAGGAGAGGAGGAAGGAGAAGGCAGAGAAGGGCGAGGAGGCGCGCUCGGACUCGGACAGCAGCGCCGAGGACGAAGCCAAGAAGGGUCGGAAAGGCCGCGCCAAGGCCCCGUCCUCCUCAGACUCGGAGCUGGAGCUGGAGAAGGAGGUAAAGAAGCCUGUGAAGAAGCAGCCCUCAGAGUUGUCAAGGAAACCAAACCAGAAGGAGAAGAGGGGCCGAGCAGAGGAGAAAGCACGGAGCAAACCUCUGAAAGUGGAACGAGGCCGGAAGAAAUCUGACCUGAUCCCUGAACGGAGGGUGGAGAAGAAAAAGGAGCCCACGGUCGAAGAGAAACUUCAGAAACUUCACAGCGAGGUCAAGUUUGCCCUCAAGGUGGACAACCCGGACAUCAAGCGCUGCCUGAACGCACUGGAGGAGCUGGGCACCCUCCAGGUCACCUCUCACAUCCUCCAGAAGCACACCGACGUGGUGGCCACGCUGAAAAAGAUCCGUCGCUACAAAGCCAACAAGGAGGUGAUGGAGAAAGCUGCUGAAGUCUACACCCGCUUGAAGUCACGUGUCCUGGGACCAAAGCUGGAGGCCAUCCAGAAAGCCAACAAAGCUGGGCAGGAGAAGGACAAGGGGGAGGCAGAGAAGGGCCAGGAGAAGCUGGCGGGAGGGGAAACACGGAGUGAGAAGGGGGAAGAGGAGACAAAUGCUGACCUGUCGGGGCCU